CGAAUGUCGAAUAUGGAACCAACUUUACAUCGGUGCUGAACCGACACACCGAUGGAACCGCAAGGUCACCCUUUACUCAAGUCAUGGGAUCAGACAAAUAAGAAUUAAAUUCCCACAAUAUACCGGGACAAAUGCAACUGUAUUUCGUGCCAUGCUUUCUCUUUAUUUUUUAUUGAUUGAUAUAGCCUAUAAUCCGUGCUCAUUAGGCCAUUAUGAGUGUUUGCAUUUCUUAAUUCAGUGUCUGCAAUUUUUUUACAGAUUAGCUUGCUUGAAAACAACCUCCGUAGGUCUUUUUUUAUCCUACGAGAUGAUCUAAAGACUAGGUAGAUGUAGCCUUUUCGCGCUGCAUCAUUAGAACAAGAUAGGCAAGCCUUGGAGCGGUAUUCACACCCUUUUAUUUUCGAUGCCACCAUGUCCCCUCCAGCAUCGGCUGCAACAGCGAGUGAGAGCAGUACAACCACGGUUUUCGAGGAGGACAUCAGAGAAGAGCAAAGGCCUCUGAAGCAGUCCCUGAGCAAAGCUCUGUGCCGGGAGAGCUUCUGGAAAUGCCUGGUGCUCUCUGUGCUCAUGUACAGCUGCAUAGGGGCCAUGGUAUGGUGUCAUGUCACCAAGGUAACCCGACUCACCUUCGACAGUGCCUUCAAAGGGAUGUCCAUGAUGUACCAUGAUAGCCCUUGCUCUGAUGGCUACAUCUAUAUCCCUCUGGCUUUAUUGGGCAUGCUCUACAUUGUAUACCUGGUGGAGUGCUGGCACUACCAUGCUAAGAACGAGCUGCAGCACAAAGUGGAUGUGGAGGGCAUUUAUGAGCGUGUGCAAAGGAUGCAACAGUCCAAACCCUGUAUAUGGUGGAAGGCCAUCAGCUACCACUAUGUCCGCCGAACACGGCAGGUCACACGUUACCGUAAUGGGGAUGCCUACACAAGCACUCAGGUCUACCAUGAAAGGGUUAACACCCAUGUUGCGGAGGCAGAAUUUGAGUACAGCCACUGUGGAGUGAAGGAUGUUUCGAAACAGUUGCUCGGCCUUGAGAAGUCUGCACUCACUAAGUUGAGGUUCACCAAGUGCUUCAGUUUUGCAAACGUCGAGUCUGAAAACUCUUACCUCACCCAAAGAGCAAGGUUCUUCACUGAUAAUGAGGGCCUGGACGACUACAUGGAAGCACGGGAGGGAAUGCACCUGAAAAACAUUGACCUGAAGGAGUAUGUCAUUGUGUUGUCUGACCCUGAUCACAACCCCUGGUAUCUGUCCCAUUAUGUAUUCUGGCUAGCAUCCUUCCUCACUCUCUCUUGGCCUCUGAGGGUAUUCACUGAGUGCCGCACGGCAUACGUCCAUUUCCGCGUGGAGAAGCUCUUCGGCGCGGACUACAUCCCAGUGACCCCUUGCGAUGAACGACCAUACUGCCGCCGCAUCCCCCGGGUCAACACCAUCGACAGCACGGAGCUGGAGUGGCACAUUCGCUCCAACCAGCAGCUGGUGCCAAGCUACUCUGAGGCCGGUCUUAUGGACCUGGCCCAGUGCUCUACCGGCUUCGCCGGCUUCCGACAGAACUGCGAGCGGUGCCACCGGGCCAUCAGCUGCUCCUCUGUGUUCUCCAGGAGCGCCCUCAGCAUCUGCACGGGGGCCAGCGCACGCAUGCCCUUCAGCUCCAGCCGCUUCUCCCUGGCGCGGCGUCACAGCUCCCGCCGCAGCUGCUUCUGGAGGAGCGGCAGCCUGGAUGACCAGGAGAGCCCGAGCGAGAACACACGUUGCUUGUCCGAUCGACAGGCCACUGAGAGCGAGGACCCACCUGACUAUCAGGAUGCCUUGUGCUUUCCCGUGCUAAUUGUCCAUUGCAGCGAGAACUGUCACAGCCACAGGUCCUUCCAUAGGAAUGGCACCUGCGUUGAGACUUCCUUAUGACCUAUAGAAGGCGAAAUGUGUUAAAGUCUAUAAAGGCAAAUAUGCUUAGUUGAAAACCACCAAAAACAAUUCAUAAGAUCCUUUGGUUUACAUUCUAUCUAUGUAUUGUCAAUAACAGAUACAAUGAAAGUAUUAUUCAAGUCUCUGUGGACUAAAUACAUAUGUGAAUGGAAUACUUCCAUUGAAGAUGCAUACUAGCUGACAUCCACACUUAUCCAAGUGUCCAUAUCUACCAUCAGUGGACUGGCAGUACUGUUAUUACAUGUAUAUAAAUUACAGUCUCUGUAAAACCAUUUUUUAAAUAUAUAGAUGACACAGGAAUGCAACUAUUCCCCAUUCACCAAAUGAUGAGCUAAACAUUAGAUUCGGAGUUCAAUGAUGAAAUCAGUGAUUAGCACAAGCCAGACAAACAUUUUACAAAUGUUUCUUAUACACACAUUUAAUUAACAAACAUAUAUAUGUACCAACUAUGUUUUAUUGACCUUUAAAGGAACACUAGGAUUAGAAACAGCGCCCCAAUUGUUGUCUGAACUCCCACUCUUUCCUGCAGUUCGAGUCUGAUUGAUCCAACAUAAGUCAAGGUGGAAGACAUACCUCACCAAAUACGAUUGGUUUGAUCAGGAUUGCUGGAAAAUAACUGGCUGGACCAAACUGUAUCCUCCAAAAAUCAUAAAUUGAAAU